UCGUGGCCAGACUCCAGCAUGAGCUUCACCCAACCAGGAGCUUCAACCUACGCACAAGGUAAACCUGAUAAUCCCACUCGCUCCCAAAAUUGCCUCUGACUCUCUCUGGCCCUCCGCAGCACCUCUGUUCAUCCCAUCUGGCCGUUUCCAGUGCCUCAUGCUCCUUGAACGUGGACGGUCACUGGUGCAUUCGUUAUCGACUUUCCCCAACCCAUCCCGAAGUUUGUCCCCCAGCGCGCACCUUGCUCGGACCGUGUGAGGAACUGAUAAGUUAGUGCUGCAUCUCGAUCCAGGCCCGCCCUACCUGCACAGCCGUGACGGCCCGACAAUAUUCUGGUUCGAACAGAAGUUGACCAUGGAUGAGGGCGGCGCCUAUCAACGAAGGAAGUGGGAUGCGAAGAACGGCGACUCACCUACACUUCAGCCAUCCAACAUGGAAGAUAUCCUCGACUCGGAGUCCGACUACUUCUACUCGCCCCCGGGCACACCGACCACACGGCCUAGACUGUCGCGCAGCUCCUUCUCGUACCAAGAUGACUGGGAAACUUUCCCCCCUCUUGACCAACUCACAGUCUUCGACCUUCUUGAUAAUCUGUCUCUGUCUCAGCGGCUGGAGAGGCUGCAGCGGUCUCUGAACUCACAGAGAGAAAGGGUCAAACAGCAGCAGGAAAAGAUCAGGUCAACCUCAAAGCAUGCCAGAGACCGCGUCGUGGGUGAGUGGAAGAGACGAGUACCUACUGCGGAUGAACAACUGGAGAAAUACCGCCGUCGGAUGAAGGCCGGGGUUGAGCGCUUGAAUCAGCGGUGGAACGCAGCCUCAGCUGUUACUCUCCGCGAGAAGAUCUCGUUCAUUGCUGGUGUGCUCAACAUUUUCAUCAGCGGCUAUCUCCUCGGAUCGUACCCUGAAUACUUCUACAUCUGGUUCAGUGUUCAACUCGCCUACUUUAUGCCAAUACGGUUCUUCAGGUACCACCAGAUCGGCUAUCAUUACUUCCUGGCAGAUCUUUGCUACUUUGUGAACAUGCUUUGUAUGCUCUGCAUUUGGGUCUUUCCGAAGUCUCGAAGACUUUUUAUCAGCACAUUCUGUUUGGUCUUUGGAAACAACGCAGUUGCGAUUGCUAUGUGGCGAAACUCUAUGGUUUUCCAUAGCAUGGACAAGGUCGUCAGCCUUUUUAUUCAUAUUAUGCCUCCAGUGACGUUCCACUGCCUCGUCCACCUUACGCCUUUGGAGACGAUGAAGGAGAGAUUCCCGGCCAUUUAUCAGAUCAAAACUAGCGAGCCAGGCUCUCAGUAUCAUUAUGGGCUGUUUUCUAUGAUGCUGUGGGCGACUGUACCCUACAUGGUGUGGCAGCUCUCGUAUCAUCUGUUCAUCACCGUUCGCCGCGCCGACAAGAUUGCGGCAGGACGCCCGACCAGCUUCACCUGGCUUCGCAAGUCCUACGCAAAAACCUGGAUUGGACGAUUUGUUCUUAGUCUCCCUGAAUCCCUACAGGCCCCUGCAUUUAUGAUGAUUCAGUACAUGUACGCCCUUUCGACUAUGAUCCCGUGCCCUCUCUGGCUCUGGUCCCGUUGGGCGAGUGGAAUAUUCAUCACCGGCCUUUUCAUCUUGAGCAUCCACAACGGCGCAACCUACUAUAUCGACGUAUUUGGCAAGCGCUUCCAGAAGGAACUUGAACAACUAAAGAAAGAUGUUGCUCAUUGGCAAUCAUCUCCUGAGGGAGCCGUGACACCCACGAUUCCUGGUAUGGGGGUGACCACUGCCAAUGUUGGAAAGCAAUCUGAGGGCGGGUCUCCGAAGAGCAAUUCCGACAAGUCUAGCAUUGAGAAGAUCCCUCUACUAGAUGCAACUGGUGUUUCCACAGCCGUUGAAGGUGGCAAGAGAUGAGCCAGCAACCUCUCACGUUUAUCACGAUAUACCUAUACCUAUACCCAUACCUAAUCACCCCCUGGUUUCUUGUUUUGGAGUAUUAUUUGGAUUCCUGUCGAUUCCUGUCGAUUCCUGUCGCGUUUGAAUGGUCACCUCAUGAUACCCAUCCGGUCGUUCCUUUGUCUACGAGCUUGAGAGUCUUGCUUACACUUUCCUACUAUAUACUUUGCCACGCUGUACACAGAUGUGCUUGACGUCAUUGGUCCCUUCAAUGUCAAUGUUCUUUUGCGAUGCUGUUAUCAGUUCUAGAGAUGAAUCAGACUUUGGUUUCUUACCUAGGUAUCAGUUCACUCGCCCUUAUAAAUUUUGGUCAAAUCUUAAGCCAGUGAUCUUGCUGAUGGUAGCAAACGGAGC